GGCGUAUGAAUGAAUUGAGCACCUCUGACAUUUUGUUACGAAGAGGUUAGAAUGUUGCGAAAGUGACAGAUCGCGAAGGAUUUCGGUGAUAAGUGAUUUUGACAUUUGUGUAGUUACAAUUCUUUGCCGUGAUGGAUCCAGCAUUGCUUAGAGAACGAGAGCUCUUUAAGAAAAGAGCUCUCACGACUCCAACGGUAGAGAAAAAGAAGAGGGAAUUAGAAAAAGAUUCUGCAAGAGAUGAACCACUCAAGAAAAAACCUAAACCAUCCUCCGUAUCCAGCGGACCAAAAUUGGACAUAGUCAACUAUAAGACUAUGUCUGGUAGCACUCAAUAUAAAUUUGGAGUGUUGGCAAAAAUAGUUAAGCACAUGAAAGCUAGGCAUCAAGAAGGAGAUGAUCAUCCUUUAUUGUUAGAAGAAAUCUUAGAUGAAACAAACCAAUUAGAUGUUGGGUCUAAAGUAAAACAAUGGCUACAAACAGAAGCUCUUAUUAAAAACCCAAAGAUAGAAGUGACUCAUGAUAAUAGGUUUAUGUUCAAAGCUAUGUAUAAAAUCAAAGAUAAAAAAUCUCUAUUGAGAUUAUUAAAGCAACAGGAUCUGAAAGGUCUUGGAGGAAUUUUAUUAGAGGAUAUACAAGAAAGCUUACCACACUGUGAUAAACAUUUAAAGAGUUUGCAAAAUGAGAUAUUAUUUAUAACUCGGCCCUUGGAUAAAAAGAAGAUCGUCUUUUACAAUGACAAGACAGCCCAAUUUCCAGUAGACGAUGAAUUUCAAAAAUUAUGGAGGGCCGUUGCGGUCGAUGCAAUGGAUGAUCAAAAGAUCGACGAGUACCUUGAAAAACAAGGAAUCAGAUCGAUGCAAGAUCAUGGUCCUAAAAAACCAGCAUUGAUUAAAAGAAAGAAACCUGUUAGUAAGAGGAAACAGUUCAAAAAGCCAAGGGAUAACGAACAUUUGGCAGAUGUACUAGAAACAUACGACGAUUCGAAAUAAUUAUGUUUUAAUUUUGUAAAUAAAGUGAAUUUCAUACCUAACUAUUAAAAAGGAAGUAAGAUUGUUUAAUCACCAGAAGAUUUACUUUACAGUUAGGACUGUAGGGUUACAUCACCGUGAUAUAAUAAAUAAGUAAAAUAUUUAUUGUCAUAACUUUCAUUGUAAGUACAAAAUAAAUAUAGAUCAGUUUCCACAUCUAACAUAUAAGUCAUGUUUAAAAUCCGCCUCGUCAAACGAACAAGCCAUACAUUUCACACUGUGAAAACAUUGAACAUUCAAUUUUGUUUCGAGUAACUAUAAUCUAACACUAUUUUUACGUAAAUUAAUGUCAAGUGUAAUCUACAUUGAAACAAAUUGAAAAGUGUGACAAUAUAGUAAAAAAAAUGAUAUUUAUGUUGCUACUGACUCAAUGAAUUUGUUUAACAUGAAUUUUUCAAAUCGUAUAUAGUAUAGAAUUUAUAUAAUAUUGUUAGAAAAAUUGUAAACGUUAUAUGAUAGUAUACAAAUCUUUGGUACUUAUAAUUGCAGUGAUAAGUACGCGUGUAUGCAUAAUAUAUAUAUGCAAUUUGCUUUCAAUUUUUAAGAUUACGACGAAAAUUUUGUUUAAAAAUUAUCACCACGGUAAACUCUCUCGUGCAUAUUUUUUUUUUAACGCUAGCUUUACGGAGAUAUCAGAUUUCUAUUACUAAGGUACAUAUUGCUUUCAUCAGUGAAAUUAAUUUACUAGAAUUAGUUAGAAGGCUUAGACAAAAAUAAAUUUGAAUAUAAGCUUGUUUCUUUAUAUGUAUAGAUAAAAGUCAGCAAAAAGUGUAAACGGUUUUUGUAACUUUUCUUGCAAAAUUUGGAGUGGGUCAAACUAACCGUGGUCCGUAAAUCUAGCGUUAA